GGCGGGGGCCUCAGUUUCCCACGCUACGGGGCUCACACAUGUCUGGCCCGCGACGCGCUCUCCCUUGGCCGGGGUUCCAGUUUCCCGCCCAGGAGUCCUCGGUCCCUCCCCCCGAGGCCGCCGGGCCCUCCUCCAGAGCCCCGCGGCCCGCCGCGGGGGCUCCAGGCCAGCCCCGCCGUCACCCGGUGCGAGCCCACUAGAGGCCUUGUGCAGCUGGCAGCCCCGCCCCGGCACCCGCCUGCUCUUCUCGCGGGUCCAGACCGCGAGCGCGGGGGCCGAUGGGUCGCCUCUGCGCCGGGCCGGGUGGCGCGGGAUGGCGGCCACCGCGCUGCUGGAGGCCGGCCUGGCGCGGGUGCUCUUCUACCCGACGCUGCUCUACACCCUGUUCCGCGGGAAGGUGCCGGGUCGGGCGCACCGGGACUGGUACCACCGCAUCGACCCCACAGUGCUGCUGGGCGCGCUGCCGUUGCGGAGCUUGACGCGCCAGCUGGUACAGGACGAGAACGUGCGCGGGGUGAUCACCAUGAACGAAGAGUAUGAGACGAGGUUCCUGUGCCACUCUUCACAGGAGUGGAAGAGACUAGGAGUCGAGCAGCUGCGGCUCAGCACAGUAGACAUGACUGGGAUCCCUACCUUGGACAACCUCCAGAAGGGAGUCCAAUUUGCUCUCAAGUACCAGUCGCUGGGCCAGUGUGUCUACGUGCAUUGUAAGGCUGGGCGCUCCAGGAGUGCCACUAUGGUGGCAGCAUACCUGAUUCAGGUGCACAGAUGGAGUCCAGAGGAGGCUGUAAGAGCCAUCGCCAAGAUCCGGUCUUACAUCCACAUCAGGCCUGGCCAGCUGGAUGUUCUUAAAGAGUUCCACAAGCAGGUUACUGCAGGGGCAGCAAAGGAUGGGACUUUUGACACUUCAAAGACAUGAUGUAUGUGGAUUAGAAAGAACUCAAGACACUCCUGCUUGAUACAGAAUAAAAAAAGCUUAACAGGACCCACAGGGCUUAAGCCCAGACUUGACAUAACCAAAAUGUGCCAAUAGGUAAUAGGUCAUUUUGCUUUCUCUGUCUUGUUUUGUUUUCUUGAAAUAACACUGUUGUGUGGCUAGAAAGGAAAAGAUUUAGUGUGGCUUGUAUUCAUGGGAUACAGGACAGGGAUGGGGCCAUCUUCUUUUCUUGAAUAGAGCUAAAGAAGUAUUUUAACAAAAAUCUAUUAUGUACCUAAUAUUGUGCCUAAUAAUAUUUAGCACCCCAACUCAAAAGACUUAGCACUAGAAAAAAGGAAACUCAGCUCUGGCUCUUUGCCACUGUCAGAAUCUGAGUCUCACUGGCCCUGUGGAGUAGGGAUCCUGUCUGGAGAAGCGGGAGCAUGGGCGCAGUCAGGACUGCUGCAGACUGAGUCAUGUGAUGGUACGUUAAGGAGUCCCCCUGAGGGAAUGAAACACUCUCGCCCCUUCAAAGUCACCCCUUCGGAAUUCAACACAGACACACAUAUCCCUUCAAAAACUUUUAUUUGUAUCAACACUUCCUAGCUCUUGACUUGACUUAGAGCUUUUAAAAGAGCAGACACCUUACAUAUUUGAGCUUGAAAAAGUUUCUGCUAUUAAUCAGAAAUAAUCAUUUCUAUUUUCUGGCUUACCCCUUGGAAUAAGCCAAAAAUAAAACCAAAGUUACAUUUCUUGACAGAUGGAUGAGAAAACAAUAGAAGGAACGUCCUGAAUUCUAGAGUUGACUCUUGCUGGUGAAGUACACCUUCAGCUUAGUCCAUUCUCCUAAGUAAAGCCUGAAGGAAAACUCUUAACACCUAAUUAUUUGUGGAAAAAUGAUCAACUAGCCAUUUCAUAGGUUAUAGAACAAAAGUACAAUUGGGCAUCUUUCCUUAUGUCCUGGGAUCAGGGGUGCUUAUAUUUAACAUUGAUCAGGUAAAGAGGAGAGGCUGUGCCUAAGGUCUGAGAAACAGUUUGCUCUAAGCAAGCUGUGGUGAGGCACACAAUGACUAGGGGAUGGCAGAGAACAGGCUGGCCUACUGUCAGUUCAAGCAACCAGCUGAGCAGCAGCAGUCUAAAAAGCCCCAAACAGAACACCUCCAUGGGUUCAGGGAAGGGCUGAGGCACUGCCUUUCUA